AUGGCCGAGUCAAAGGACCAGGUUACCGUCCAGGCGUCGGGCGUGGAGGUCGAUGCUGGUCGAGCGAGCUCUUCUUCUGCUCUUUCCUUGCCCAAGGAUGCUGCUGUGGCGGUCGCGCAGACCCCUUCCCAGGAAGAGGCCUCGGCACAGCCCGCAGACCAGGUGGAUGAGCAGAAGAAGGGUUUCUUCGCUUACUUCAAGACCAAGGAGUUCUAUAUAACUGUCAUUCUUGGACAAAUCCUCGCCAUCGCCAACACCUCGACCGGAACGUUCACCACCCUGCUCGGUAAUGAACAAUGGGCAAUUCCUGCCUUCCAGACUUUCCUCAACUACGUGCUCCUGAACGCCAUCUUUACACCUUACACGAUGUACCGUUACGGUUUCAAAGGCUGGCUCCGAUUGGUAUACCGUGACGGCUGGAAAUACAUCAUCCUCGCUUUCUGUGACGUAGAGGGCAACUAUUUCAUCGUGCUGGCAUAUCAAUAUACUACCAUGCUGAGCGCACAGCUAAUCAACUUCUGGGCUAUCGUCGUGGUCGUGGUGAUCUCGUUUAUCUUCUUGCGCGUGCGCUACCACAUCACCCAGGUUGCCGGUAUCAUGAUCUGCAUUGGUGGAAUGGGUGUUCUCAUCGCCUCAGACCAUAUUACCGGCACGAACGGUGGUGAUAUCUCCAAGGGCAACCAACUGAAGGGCGACCUGUUCGCUUUGCUCGGCGCAUCCUUCUACGGUCUCACGAACACUGGUGAAGAAUACUUCGUCAGCAAGAGACCCGUCUAUGAGGUUCUCGGCCAGAUGUCAUUCUUCGCUAUGAUCAUCAACGGUGUGCAGGCAGGCAUCUUCGACCGCACCUCUUUCCACAAUGCGCACUGGGAUGGCAAGGUUGGCGGAUACCUGACUGGCUACACGCUUUGUCUGAGUCUGUUCUACUGCCUCGCCCCGCUGUUGUUCCGUCUCUCGUCCGCUGCCUUCUUCAACGUUUCUAUGCUUACCAUGAACUUCUGGGGUGUCAUCAUCGGUGUCGAGGUCUUCCACUACCACAUUCACUGGAUGUACCCGAUUGCUUUCGUUCUGAUCAUUCUCGGUCAGCUCAUCUACUUCCUCGGACAGAGAGUUCUCAGCGAGGCACGCAAACCAUGGCUCGGGUCAAACCAAGAGCGUGGUGUUGUCGGACUCUUCACUGCCAAGAGGAAGAUUGAGCACGCCGUGCCAACUGUUGAAUCGACUGGGCAGACAGGGCAGACUACAGUCAAUACCAGCGCCGUCUAA